AUGUUUCUCCGAGUUCUUUGCUUGACAACACUUUUAGCUGGAGUCGCACUGGCAGUCGGUCCAUGUGCUCCAAAUGAAGACUUCCUGGCCAUUUUAGGCGCUAUUCAUAAAACACCAUCUUACGGAAAGCUGACAGCGGAAGAGAAGGUCAUGUUAACUGAAAUAUUUGCCGAAGCUGCUUCUUGUCAACUAACCGUCUAUGUUAAUACCAUUGGCUUCUCUAAAGUCAUUGGAUUGAUUGAUCAUUUAUCAGCUGGUGAAGCUCAUUUCUUGAACCAUUAUCUACAACAGCAUUUGAACUGGGAGAAAUCUUUGUCAUCAAUUUUGACUAAAGCCCCUACCAAACCACCACGUACAACAAACAAUCCUACCUCUACAACAAUGUAA